CUGUCGGUAAUUAGUAAACAAUUUUCAACUUCCGGUGGAAAAUUGAACAAGGAGUUACAGCCGCUACAUUGCAGUACGCAAGAGUAGCGUUGUCUCAUGAUAAAAACAACAUGUCGGACCCAUCGAACGAUAUCCAGGCUGCCAAAAGUCGACAUGGCAACCUCCGUGCGAAAAUGGCAGCCAGAAGAAAACAGCGUGAAGGUUUAGAAGCGGAAAUCACAAGCAUUACUUCGCCGACCUUGCAACCGGCUACCUCAACAUCAAUGCCAGCUGCAUCAAAGCCUGAAACAAAGGCAUCCCUGAUUGCUGGCCAGUCUAGUAGUGCUAAAGCUCAAGAAAGUUCUCCUGUCCAAUUGUCAUUGAAACCUGAUCCCACUAAGGAAAGCGAAACAGCCCAGAAAGCUGAUCCUGAGACAGAGAAGCGUGUCCGCAUGAUGCUUUGUGACAUAAGCUUGGAUAUUCCCUGUAAUUCAGCAGUCAUUGCUGACCAAGUUUCCCGUAUGAUGGGCAGGGAUGUCCAGUUAGCCAUUAUUGAAGAUGUGCUUAGGAAGUUUGCUUUACAACACAUGAUCAGCGUCACAUCCAUAGAUCAGAUUGGAUCUGACAAAAGUAGACUUCUGGUAAACACACUGGAUAUCCCCAAGUUGUCUGCAGUAAAAGGGGAAGUAGUCCGGACCAGGAAGCGAGCCAGAGACAGUGAUGCAGAUGAAGGCCUAGAGCCAGCGUCUAAACAUGCCAGACACAAGGAAGCGAAGGAGGACACUAGCAUUGAGAGUCUACUGUCGAUGCAGUCCGCAAAAGAGAAAGAAAACAAGAAGUUAAACGAGGAAAUCCUAGAUUUGCUCACAAAGCCUACUGCCAAGGAACAAAGUUUAGUGAAGAGGUUUAAAUCUCAAGGAGGUGCCCAGUUGAAGGAGUUUUGUCAGUACGGUACUCGGGAGGAGUGUAAGAAAGUUGGCGAGACCAAGGAACAGUGUCGGAAGUUACACUUCAGGAAAAUCAUCCACAAACACACAGAUGAGUCUUUGGGUGAUUGUUCCUUUCUGAACACCUGUUUUCACAUGGAUACUUGUAAGUACGUCCACUAUGAGAUUGAUUACCCAGCGGUCAGUACUACUGAUGCCCUAAAGAAAGACGCACUAGCCAUGGCCAAGAAGGGACUGGACUCUGGAGAUGUGCUUUAUCCACCUCAGUGGGUGCAGUGUGAUCUGCGUUUCUUUGACAUGACCGUUCUGGGGAAGUGUGCUGUAGUGAUGGCUGACCCUCCCUGGGAUAUCCACAUGGAGCUGCCAUACGGGACCAUGUCGGAUGAUGAGAUGAGAAAGCUAGAUGUUCCAGGUCUCCAGGAUGAUGGAUUCAUCUUCCUUUGGGUCACUGGAAGGGCCAUGGAGCUGGGUCGGGAAUGCCUUGACUUGUGGGGGUACAAACGUGUUGAUGAGGUGAUCUGGGUGAAAACAAACCAGCUACAGAGGAUCAUCCGGACUGGACGUACUGGUCACUGGCUUAACCAUGGCAAGGAGCACUGUCUGGUGGGUGUAAAGGGAAACCCCCAGGGAGCUAACAGAGGACUGGAUUGUGAUGUCAUUGUGGCCGAGGUGCGUGCCACCAGCCACAAACCGGAUGAGAUAUAUGGCAUCAUUGAGAGACUGUCUCCAGGAACCAGGAAAGUGGAACUGUUUGGACGGCCACAUAACGUGCAGCCAAACUGGAUAACACUAGGUAACCAGGUGGAGGGUGUGAGACUGAAGGAUCCAGAUGUUGUCAAACUGUUCCGCAACAGGUAUCCUGAUGGUAACUGUUUGACCCCUAAAAGCAAAUGAGGGAUUUCUACAGAGGGCCUGAUGUUGCCAAAAAGGAAUGUGAGAACUUGUGAAGGGCCUAAAAGCAAUGUUUUUAAUAUUGCCCAAAGUGUGAACAUUCCUUGCAGUCCUAAGACAGCCCCAAGGCAAGUGAAGACUUUCAAUGGAGGCCAUGAAUAACUAAUUAUUAUGUUAUUUAGAGCCUAAAGAAGGGCCUAUAGAACAAAUUAGGAUAUUGUCCAUAGGUUUGCUGAGGCCCUGAAAGAUGCAUUAUCAUAACGUCACAAAGGCAGUGAGAAUUUUCUAUGGAGGCCCUGAGGGAUAAAUUAUUAUAAUGUCCAUAGGCAGUGGAACGUCCUGUGGAGGCUCUGAAAGACAAUUAUGAUACUGUCAUAGGAAAGUUAAAACUUUCUAUGGAGGUCCUGAUAAACAAAUUAUUGAACUGUCCAAAAGUUGUGAAAACUUUCUGAAGGACGAAUUGUUUAAUUUUUUAUGACAGACUGAAAGGAUAAAUAGGAAUAUUGUGUAAAGGCCAGACUAUUAUACUGUCCAAAGCAGGCGAGGAAAAUUAAGUGUUUUGAAAAAGCAUUUUGUGUGGAGGAUGAAAAAGUAAAAUGUAUUAUGAUGAGAUGCCUUGAAAAUCAAAAUUCAAAGCCAUGAAGUAUGGAAUGGAUAUCUAAAGUGGGUAUCUGGGCCAUCAGCCCUUUGGCUUGGUCUUGCUAUACUCCACAGCAUUUUUACCAACGACCCAAGGGUGUACUGCAACCUUUGACCCCAGGUCAUAUCUCUGAUGUCAAGGUCUUAUCCUGUAGCACAGACAUUUAAAUGAGUGUGUUCAGCUGUGUUUAUAUUAACUCUUGAAUAGACACAGUCCUGUAGUACAGUAUGUAAUAUUUGCUUCUUUAACAUUUAAUGUUAACAACAUUUAUAACAAGGAACUUGCAUUUGUAGCAUUGUUCUUUUUCCUUUAUACAAUACUGUCAAUUGAAGGUUGGUCAACCACUUUUCUUAAUAAACAUUAAAAUUCGCUUCAUUCUGUACUGGAUUCAUUGCAAAAAUAGAUAUUGCGAACAUUAUUAAAAAUGAAAACACAACAGUAUGGCCACAAUUCUCUACACUAUAAUUACACUUUCGGUUCAAUGUUUUACAAGCAAACAGUUUUGUAUAUGUAGUUCUAGAGUAAGAAAAGUACUUUUGAAACAUAAGUAGAUUUUUGCUGAUUAUGUUAGAAAACCAUUGGGAUAUUUGGUUCACAAUCUGAAAAAAUUGAGAAUCCAAAUGAAAUGGGAUAACUUAACAUAAUCACUUAGUAUUAUCAAGGCAUGCAUUCAUUUGAACAUUCAAAUGUGUCAACAUCUCAUUAAUAAAAUACACAUUACUUCAUGUUGAAGUUCAUUUGUGGAGCUCUUUUGGAUUGGAGAGUUAUGUAAGCAUAGGUAGCAUAAAGCCUUUGUCUUUGACCACCGUUUUAAACAAUCUGAUACAUGUAUUCAUUUUCAUCAAAAAUCAAUAGUAGAGAUUCUCUCUGAAGUGAAAAGUUGUCAGGAAAGAAUAGAUUUCAAGAGUACCAUUUCAGCAAAUGCAUAUAUUUGUAUCCUUUCAUUUUCAUUUGUAUGACAGAACCAAGAAUUGAACAUUUAUAAUCAUAUUUUGAGAUGACUUUUUUAAGAGUGUUGUUAAUGAUACUUGUUAACGUGUGUUGUUGACUGUGGAUGAUGGUGUAAGCUGGAUUAAAUUCAAGUUUAGUAAAAAUAAAACUGUAAAUGAU